AACACAAGUGUAUUUAAUUUUGAUAAGAAUGUCAUUUACAAAUGUCAAAAAUUAAAAAUGUUUAACGUUAACCGCGUUUUCUAUUUAAGCGUUUGUGUUUAAACUUGUGUUUUUGUUUGCUUGUAAUUGUUUGUUCACUAUAAUAACCUUAUGUAUUAGUAUCGAACAAAUAUUUUUGUAGUGAAAAUUGUUCCUAAAAAUAGCUUUUAAACUAUAAAAAAUGCAAAAAACAAAGAAGAAAAGGGGAGAAGAAGAACCAAUGGAGAUUGAUGAAAAUCCCGGUCAAUCUAGUGCUCAGAAUGGUUAUAACGAUGAUAUCGGAGAAAUAGAUCACAUAUCUGACGACGAAGAAGGUGGAGUACGUAUAGGCGAUAUCUAUAUACCUCCGGCGCCUAAGCCUGCUCUAACAUUUGAUACAACUGGGCCUAGAUUGAUUAUAACUCACAUUGUAAACGAAAACUUUAAAAGUUACGCUGGCGUACAAACUUUAGGACCCUUUCAUAAGAGUUUCACAGCUAUCAUCGGUCCAAAUGGUAGUGGCAAGAGCAAUGUGAUUGAUUCCAUGUUGUUUGUGUUUGGGUAUCGAGCAACCAAGAUCAGGUCUAAGAAGAUAUCGGUUCUUAUUCAUUCUUCAAGCAAGUUUCCAAAUAUAACCAGUGCAUGUGUCGCAGUUCACUUCUGUCAGAUUAUUGAUGGGGAAGGAGAAGACUUCACAGUUGUUCCCAAUAGUGAGAUAGUUGUAUCAAGAAUGGCAUUCAAAGAUAAUUCCUCACAUUAUACUUUAAACGGACGUAGAGUACAGUUCAAAGAAGUGGCUAAAAUGCUAAGGUCACACGGGAUUGAUUUAGAUCAUAAUAGAUUUUUGAUCUUACAGGGUGAAGUCGAACAAAUAGCAAUGAUGAAACCAAAGGCAUUAACAGAACACGAGUCCGGAAUGCUGGAAUAUUUGGAAGAUAUCAUUGGUACUUCAAGAUAUAAGGAACCAAUAGAAAAACUCUCUGUGAAAGUAGAAGAAUACAGUGAAAUGCGUAAAGAAAAACUAAAUAGAGUACGUCUUGUCGAACAAGAAAAACAGAAACUGGAAACUCCAAUGCGUGAAGCGGUUGAACUUAUGAAUUUGACCAACGUUGCUCUCAGAACCAGGAAUACCUUAUUACAAAAAUAUAUACACGAAACUAACAAAAUAAUAGAAAAUAAAACUAAAGAACUAGAAGAAUUAAAAGAUGUUUUAGCGAAAAUUGACGAAAAGCUAACUAAAGUUAAAGAAGAAUUACAGGAAAAGACUACAGAACUGAAAAAUGGUACAAGAAAAUAUGAUGAACUUCAAAUGAAAAAAGACGAAAUAGGUGAAAAACUGCAGGUGUGUAAACGAAAAACUGUCACAGUACAAGCAGACAUAUCACAGGCUAACAAGAAAAAGAAAAACUUAGAUCAACUUCUAGAACAAGAAAAGGGAAAACUCAUUGAUUUAGAAAUGAUACCUGAAAAAAAUAAACGUGAAAUUGAAGAUUGUGAAAAGUUGCUAGAUAGACAUAAGGAAAAUAAAGUUACUGCUGAGGAAGAAUUACAGACUGUUAUGGCUGGAGUCCGGUCUCAAACUCAAGGUCUCCAAGAACAAAAAGAUAAAUUACAAACAAAACUCAUAGAUCUAAAGAAAAUAGUCGAUGAAUCGAAUAAAGAAGUUAAAUUAGCGGACUCAGAAUUAAAACUUCAUUUACGAACAGAACAAAAUGAGGUCGACAAAUAUGAGAAAGUAAAGGAAGCUUAUGAAAAGGCUAAGAGAGAUUUGGAUGAAAAGAAAUCAUUACGAGAAGAUCUGUCAUCAACAAUACCGAUGCAAGAGAAGCAGUUAAUCGAAAUACAAACAAAACUACAAAACACGAAGAAAGAAGAGACUGCUGUUUCUAAGGAGGCUAGGAAUUUAAGGGCGCAAUUAGAGGAAUCCCGUCAAGCGAUGAGUGCUAACAAAUCCAGGGGCAGGGUUUUGGAUUCCUUGAUUAAAGAAAAGAAUUCUGGUCGUUUACCUGGUAUAUUCGGAAGAUUGGGAGAUCUGGGAGGUAUAGAUGCUAAAUAUGACGUAGCAAUAUCAACAUGCUGUGGUGCUCUAGAUAAUAUAGUAGUGGAUACUGUUGAAACUGCCCAAGCCUGUGUUGAACAUCUAAAGAGGCAUGACGUGGGACGGGCUACUUUCAUCGCUUUAGACAAGCAAACACAUCUGAUUAAGCAUUAUGAGAAUAAAACUACUUAUCCAGAAAACGCUCCACGCCUCUUCGACCUAGUAAAAGUAAACGAUGAAAGAGUUUUACCAGCGUUCUACUACGCGUUACGAGAAACUUUAGUUGCAAAUGAUUUGGACCAAGCUUCUAGAAUCGCUUACGGUGCAACGAGAUAUCGAGUUGUUUCUUUGCAAGGGGACGUUAUUGAAAUUGCUGGUACGAUGUCGGGUGGAGGUCGGACGGCGCUCCGCGGACGGAUGUCCAGCGCCGCGCCCACCGACGUGGACCCCGCGCGUCUGCGGGACACCGAGAGACGUCUGCAAGCUUCCGAGACCAGAUUGAAUGAACUACGUACCGAACAAUCGAAUCUAGAAGAAUCCUUAGCGUCUAUUCAAAGGAGUACGCGUGAAGGUAAAACAACGUUACAUAAGUUGGAUAUUGAACUAAAAAGUUUGACAGAACAAAUACCGGCUUUGAAGAGUCAAAUAAAACAGCAAGAGAGUAAAGUGGCUUCAAGUAAAGUGGAUGCGAGACAUACCGCGAAACUGGAACAGAACUUAAAAAAUGCUGAAGAGAAAUUAAAUAAAGCAAGAUAUGAUGCUGGGGAGGUCGAGAAAGAAGUCCAUGGCGUCGAUGCGCAGAUUGCAGCGGUAGCUGGUAACAAAGUCAAAGAUUUACAGAAGAAUGUCGACGAGUUAAAUAAGAAAAUAGACAAAAUAUCAACCGAGAUGACUAAACUACGCGUCGCUAUUAAUACUAGCAUUAGAAAUGCUAAGAAGUCAAAGGACAAAAUAAAUCAAAUGGAAACCGAUCUUAAAGAGACUGAAAAGAACUUGGAAAAUUUAAACAAUCAGAAGAAACAACUUACCCUAGACAAUGGACAGUUGCAGAAGGAUUUUGAGGAGCUAGAAAUACAAAUCAGUGAAGGCACCGGUGAAUUUUCUGAUCUACGUCAAGAGAUAGCACGAUUACAGAGUAAGGAAAAUAAGGCAAAAAGUGAAAGAUUAGAAGCAAAUAAUGCUGUUAGCAAAAUGGAGAAAUCAGUACAAGACUGUACUACGAAAAUACCAAUGUGGGAAAAAGAGCUAACAACAUUAAAGCUGGAAGACCCUGGUUUAGACGGAGUCCAAGGUAUCGAGAGACCAAAACCCCUCGUCAGGCAUUCUGCUGAAGAUCUAGAAGAAUGUCAAGUGGAUGAGUUGAGGAAUAGACUGGCAGCUCAGAAGGCCAGAAUUGGAGAUAAAAAACCUAACUUGCAGGCUAUACAGGACUACAGAACUAAAGAGGAGUUAUACUUAAAGCGAGCCGCAGAACUCGACGAGAUAACUACAAAACGUAACGAGAUGAGAGCGUUGUUCGACCAGCUUAAGAAAAAGAGGACCACUGACUUUUUAAGUGGUUUUAACACAAUAACCAGUAAACUGAAAGAAAUGUAUCAAAUGAUAACAUUAGGUGGGGACGCUGAGUUAGAGCUCGUAGAUUCAUUGGAUCCUUUCACCGAGGGAAUUAUAUUCAGUGUUCGACCACCUAAUAAAUCUUGGAAAAAUAUAUCAAACUUAUCCGGAGGAGAGAAGACUCUAUCGUCCCUUGCUCUAGUGUUUGCUUUACAUUAUUAUAAACCAACUCCAUUGUAUGUUAUGGAUGAAAUCGAUGCAGCUUUAGACUUCAAAAAUGUGUCUAUUGUUGCUAAUUAUAUUAAGGAACGCACGAAAAACGCACAAUUUAUCAUAAUAUCGUUAAGAUAUAAUAUGUUUGAAGUUUCAAACCGUCUGGUGGGUAUCUACAAAACUGAAGAUUGUACGAAGUCAGUCACCAUCGAAAAUAAGUUACCCGAACAAACUGCAACGGAUGUUAUGACAUAACACACUUGUGUUUGUUUCAGUUUAGUACAUGUUUUUUUUAGAAAAAAAAAAACUACUUAAUUUUAGUAUUGAAACUGUACAUGGUAAAAUGUUGUGUUCAAGGCGUGUUUUAUCAAUAAAAUUCCUAGUGUCAAUUUUUUUUAAUUCUUGAAUGCAAACGGAUUGAAAUUUGAAAUUCUACUUCUUUUGAGUAAGUUCAUUGUAAAUAAGUAUCAUUUGUUAAGGGUCUUUAUUUGAGACGAGCUAAGUUUCUCUUAGUAUUUUUUCAAAUAUUUAAGCCGCUGUAGAAGUUUCAGUGAAUGACAAUUUUGAAAAUUUUCAGCAAAUCUAAAAGAAAUUUUAUUUUCCAUUAAAUUACAUUUGUGUAAAGUUUUGC